UAUUUACAGGCUAGGCAUUUCAAAGAACAGGAUAUUGAUGAAUUUAGGGAAUGUUUCUCAUUAUAUGCUCGUAAUGGCCAAAUUCGCACAUUGGACCAAUUGACAGUCAUAAUGAGGUCUUUGGGUAUGAGCCCAACAAUAUCUGAACUCAAAAAGUAUUUCAAAGAGAAAGGUGGCAAGAUGAGUUUUCCUGAUUUCCUUGAUGUUAUGCACAAACACAGCCAAGUGGAAAGGAUCCCUGAUGAGAUCUUAGCUGCUUUCAAAGGGCAUGACCCAAGAGGUACUGGAAGCAUUCCCGCACGUGACCUGCGCCAUAUUCUUCUUCAGUGGGGAGAGAGACUUAGUCACAAGGAAGGUAAAUAAUGAUGAACAUACUUUAGUUGUU